UAAGAAGGUGGGCGUGUUCUUACCGGAAGUGGUCCUUGCGAUCUCAGUCCCUCCUUCACCUGCGUUAACCAUCUGCUACCAAAACAAAUCGCCUGUUGCCAUUAACUGCUUUAAACGACGUUAUUUGGGCGGUGAUCUAGUGUCGUUAACAGCGUGGACCAGAGUCGUCUGGUGUCGGCUGGUUCUCGCUUUGCUGCUGUAGGGGUCUGUUUGCGACGCUAGGUGGCUAGCUGAAGCUGACAAGCUAUGGCGGAGGUCCCAGGUACUUCGAGUGAGACGAUAACAGAGACGGUGCAGGCAGACACGCCGCCGCCUCCUCAGCAGGAGGGACGGAGCCUGACUAUCAAGCUAAGAAAAAGGAAGACCGAGAAAAAGGUGGAAUGGUCCAGUGACACCGUCGACAAUGAACAUCUCGGCAGGAGGUCCUCCAAGUGUUGCUGUGUGUAUGAAAAGCCACGCCAGUUUGGACAGUCUUCUUCAGAAAGCGAGGGAGAAGACGAUGAAGGCUGUGGUAGUGCACACUGUAUUAUGGGACAUGGAAGGAAUAGGCAUGGACAGAGUGGCGGUGGUGACUCCACAGCGCCUCCUAGUUCUGGAGGACCUAACACCCAUUAGUAGCCUCCUUGUGAGACUGCGUAUGAAAGAGAUAAGGCUUCUGAUAAUGAUAAUACAAACAAAUAUAGUUAUUACCACUCACAUUUUGUCACUCUAAUGGUAGAAAUGAGAGUAAAGGAGAGUAAGAAUCCAAAAUACAGGAACCAGAGUAAUGCAGCACCUGACAAAGAUGGGGAGCAUUUUUUCUUUACAAAAUGAUGCCGGCAAUCUAUUAUAUAUAUAUGGGGAAAGGGGUAGUUUGUAUAUAAUUCACCAUUUUAUUCAUUUUUUUAAUGUUUCGAUUUUUAUUUAUUUCUCUUAAAACACAAUUGUGAUUCUGUAUCUUUGAAAUAGUGCACUGACAGAUUAGAGUUGUAAGAUUUGCCCCGUCACUAACAAAAGUAUUGAUACCAUUAAAAAAAAGCUGUUUGCCAUUCAUUUGAAAGUGUUUUCAGUCAGACAGAUUUUUAUAUAAAUUUAUCAAAAUGUAAAUCUAAAAUGAGUGAAUGUAGUAGUUUUAAUGUUAGAACUAAUAUAAAAAUAGUGCAGAAGUCUGUAGGGUUAGUGGGUACGAUGUGUGAAAUCUGAUAGUGUUCUGAAUUAUCCAAAUUAAGUAAUUACUUGUAUAGAUCUUAAGCCAUGUUGUUCAAAUCUGCCAAGCAUCCAUUUAAAAGUAGUAGACUUCAUAUCACUUAAAUAAACCACACAAAAUGUUUUAGUAACAUUUGCAUUCUAUUAAGAUCUUUGGGUAGAGUGCUGUGAAGUAUAUAUCUUAAUGAUACUUCUAAUGUGAUGUUAUUGUUCUGUUAAAUCGAUUGAAUUAGGUAACACUUUCAAAUGAAGGGUGGGCUCAGGGCAUCAAUGUGCUGUUUUGAUGCUACUUUCAGACCAACCUUAUGGAAAUUAGAAAUGUUAAGAUUCUUCACAGUGAUUAGCGCUGUUGUCUCACACCUCUGGAACCAGGGUUCGAGUCUCCACCAUAGCUCCAUGUGUGUGGAGUUUGCAUGUUCUCCCCAUGUCAUCGUGGGGUUUCCUCCGGGUACUCCGGUUUCUCCCCACAGCUGAAAAACAUGCUGAGGUUAAUUGGAGUUAGCAAAUUGCCCGUAGGUGUGUAUGUGUGAGUGAAUGGUGUGUGAGUGUGCCCUGUGAUGGGUUAGUGCCCCAUCGUGGGUUGUUCCCUGCCUUGCACCCAUAUGCCCUAGGCACCCCAUGACUCUGAAUAGGAUAUGUGGUUACAGAAAAUGGAUAGAAUAGAUUAACACGUCCUCUUCAGUAAACUGCUGUAUAUAUUUGUUUAAAUAAUUUUAUUCUAAUUGGAUGUUUAAAUAUUUCUUGGUACAUUAACAGUCUAUAAAUUCCUCAGACAAUCUUUUAAGAAAGUUCACUGUCAUGGUCACAGAUAAAUUAAAUUUUCAGAUGUGAAACAGAGUACCUGUACAUCAAAAUCAGGUUGUAUGUAUUGCUGAAGAGGAAACAUUAAAAAGUAGUAAAACUCUUCAAAGAAGAAAAACUGUGGUUAUGUAAUGCUUUUUGAAGACAGGGAAAGGUAAAUCACAAAAUGUGGCAGAUCACAAAAAUGCCAGAUGGUUAUGUGGAUGAUUUGGUCAGCAUUUUGCCAAAAAUCAUAUCUUGCCAUUUUUCAUGUUCUGUUAAAAUGCUUCAAACUCUCCAGGCUGUCAGUCCCAAAGUGCACCAUCAGGGGUACUGGUAAUAACCUUAGCCUGCAUGGCAACUGAAAAGCUAUACUUCCAUUUUUGUUGGGGACCUGCGAAAUAAAGACAUUGAAAUGAGGAAUUUGGGGAGGUUGUCUGAAUGCGUGUGGUGGGUAGUGCUGUUAGUAGAACUAUAUUAAGUUUAGGUUCAGUGUUUGCUGAACCUGCAACACUAAGAGUGAAAUGAACACAUUCGAGUCCGACUGAUCGGAAAUGCUUCCUGCCAAUCCUAAGGGUGUGCAUAACGUUGCAGCUCCGACCAUAUCUUGACUGGGUCGUCCUCAGUGCCGUUCUCAAACUACUGGAUGUGCGUUAGGAAGUGAUUCACAAAUUUUCAGUGUAUGCCACCAUUUUCUAUUAUACAAAUGGACACGUAUGCUAUUGUACUGUUUAUGCACAUAUCUGUACAUAACAAAUGGAAAGAUUUAACACCAAUAAAAAGGUUUUAACUGAG